UUACUGUUUCACUUAUUAUUUUAAAUGAUCAAUCUGAGUUACUUGGAGGAGAAACACAGGAAAGAGAGGAGCAGAAGCCCAGGCAGCUGAGAGACAGACGUUCAGACCUGAAAGAAACUUAUGUUUUUGCCUACACUCAUCUCCACAUCAGAAAUGGAACCAAAUAGCACCUUCAACAACAACAACAAUGACAACAAUAACAACAAGAACGAGAAUUGCACAGUUGAAAACUUUAAAAGAGAGUUUUACCCAGUUAUAUACCUGAUAAUAUUUGUUGGAGGAACCUUGGGAAAUGGCCUCUCCAUAUAUGUCUUCCUGCAGCCUUACAAGAAGACUACAUCUGUGAAUGUUUUCAUGCUGAACCUGGCCAUUUCGGAUCUCUUGUUCAUAAGCACGCUUCCCUUCAGGGUUGACUAUUACCUUAGAGGCUCUAACUGGAUAUUUGGGGACCUGGCCUGCAGGAUUAUGUCUUACUCCUUGUAUGUCAACAUGUACAGCAGCAUUUAUUUCCUGACUGUGUUGAGUGUGGUGCGUUUCCUGGCAACUGUUCACCCUUUUCGGCUUCUCCACAUCUCCAGCAUCAGGAGCGCCUGGAUCCUGUGUGGGAUCAUAUGGAUCUUCAUGAUGGCUUCCCCAACAGUGCUCCUGAAGAAUGGCUCUGAGCAGAAGGGCAAUGUUACAUUAUGCUUAGAGCUGAAUGUCAGUAAAAUCACUGAAUUGCAGAUCAUGAACUAUGUUGCCUUGGUGAUGGGCUUCCUGCUUCCAUUCUUCACACUCAGCAUCUGUUACCUGAUGAUUAUUCGAGCCCUAUUAAAAGUGGAGGUCCCAGAAGCAGGGCUACGAGUUUCUCACAGGAAGGCUCUGACCACCAUCAUCAUUGCCUUGAUCAUCUUCCUUCUGUGUUUCCUGCCCUACCACACGCUAAGGACCCUCCACCUGGUCUCAUGGAAAGUGGGUAUAUGCAAAGAAGGGCUGCAUAAAGCUGUGACUGUCACACUGGCCUUGGCAGCAGCCAAUAGCUGCCUUAAUCCUUUGCUCUAUUACUUUGCUGGGGAGAAUUUUAAGGACAGAUUAAGAGCUGCACUUAGAAAACAUUCACAGAAGGCAAAGAUGAAGUGCAACUUUUCUGUCUGUGUGUGGUUGAAAAACGAAACAAGAGUGUAAGG